AACAAAGGAAUGGGCGGGGCCGAGAGGCUUUGUUUUCUAUUCGGCACACUGGGGCUUCGGGGAUUUCUUGUCGCGAGGAGAGGCGCGCGGUGUGCGCGCGCUCGCUGUCAUAUUCUGCUUUCGGAGCGCGAGCGGGUUUGAUGGGGUACGCGCCUGGGACGUGGCGGGUCACGAGAAGCUGCUUUUAGCGCGAAGAGGGGAGCGCGCGGGACGUCACCAUCUUCUCUCUGCGACGAGCACAGGAAACCCGAGCGGGGGCGGAGGGAGGACCGUGGAUGUCGGAUGUCUCCGCCCGUGAGGCUGCGCUGCGGCCCGCGUCGCCUUCGCUUCUCCUUUUUCACAUUAAGAGAAAAAACGGGAGGGCGCUGACGGAUCCCUGACAGAAAUUAGACGUUGAAAGCGACGCGUUUUCCCGAAUGGAGGCGACGUGGUCGUGAGCUCUCACUGACCUACCUACCUACCUACAUUUGAGCCAACUAGCUGCGCUAACUAACUAGUUGUGCUGACUAACUACCCGGGGACGGUGAGAGCCGCGCUGCCGCGCCAGGCGGCCGACGCUUCCUCUCUCUACUCUCUGGCACCGGCGGGAACGCGAGUCACGCUUCUUUGUCCGACACUCGCGCGGCUCUUUCAUCAGUUUCCUUAUUAAAUUGAGCAAACUGGAAGUCGCCAUCGCAUCGAUUUGAAAGAGUUACCAGCGCGCUGUUUCGGAAAAACAAAAAAGAAGGAAGGAAGGAAGGAGGCAGGAAAGGCGGAAGAUGGUGAACCGUGGCCGCUGCUGAGGUAACAGCUCCCCGCUCGGCCCGGGUCCCUACUGCUCUUUUCCCGCAGAAAGUCAGUCACCGUCCGGAGGGAGGAGGUCCGACCAGCCCCGGAGCGUCGCCCCCGCCCAAAUGGAUCUGAAGACGGCCGUGUUCAACGCCGCCCGGGACGGCAAACUGCGCCUCCUGCAGAAGCUCCUGGAGAACAAAGCCGGGGAUGAGGUGAGCAGGCUGAUGGAGGAGAAGACGAACGGCGCCACCCCGCUGCUCAUGGCCGCCCGCAACGGGCACCUGGACCUGGUGGAGUACCUGCUGGAGUGCUGCCUGGCCCCGGUCGAGGUCGGAGGCUCCGUCAACUUCGACGGCGAGACGAUCGAGGGCGCCCCUCCGCUGUGGGCGGCGUCGGCCGCCGGCCACCUCAAGGUGGUGCAGUCGCUGCUGGGCCACGGCGCCUCGGUGAACAGCACGACGCUGACCAACUCGACCCCGCUGCGCGCCGCCUGCUUCGACGGACACCUGGACAUCGUGCGCUACCUGGUGGAGCACGAGGCGGACCUGGAGGUGGCCAACCGCCACGGCCACACGUGCCUCAUGAUCUCGUGCUACAAGGGCCACAGGGAGAUCGCGCAGUACCUGCUGGAGAAGGGGGCCGACGUGAACCGGAAGAGCGUCAAAGGUAACACUGCAUUGCACGACUGCGCUGAGUCGGGGAGCUUGGAAAUAAUGAAGAUGCUGCUAAAGUAUGGAGCAAAGAUGGAGAAGGACGGUUAUGGUAUGACACCAUUACUUUCAGCCAGCGUGACAGGACACACCAACAUCGUCGAUUUCCUCACACAGCACCAGCACACUAGCCAGAUUGAAAAGAUUAAUGCUCUGGAGCUGCUUGGGGCCACUUUUGUCGACAAGAAGCGGGACCUUCUUGGCGCCCUGAAGUACUGGAAGAGGGCGAUGGACCUGCGGUACAGCGACAGCAGCAACGUCAUUCAUAAGGAGGAACCCAAGCAGCUGAUCAUGGCAUACGACUAUGCGAGAGAGGUGGACAGCACAGAGGAGCUCGAUGGCUUGAUCUCUGAUCCAGAUGAGAUGAGGAUGCAAGCCCUGCUGAUCCGUGAACGCAUUCUGGGCCCUUCGCACCCCGACACAUCCUAUUACAUCCGGUACCGGGGAGCCGUCUACGCCGAUUCGGGCAACUUUGAAAGGUGCAUCAACUUGUGGAAGUAUGCUCUGGACAUGCAGCAGAGCAACCUGGACCCGCUGAGCCCCAUGACGGCCAGCAGUCUGCUCUCCUUUGCCGAGCUCUUCUCCUUUAUGCUGCAGGACCGUGCCAAGGGCCUGCUGGGCACCUCGGUGUCCUUCAGUGACCUUAUGGGGGUCCUCAGCAAGAGCGUGUUGGAGAUCGAGCGGGCAGUUAAGCAAUCGCAGGCCCCUCCAGACCCAGUGCAACUCACCAAGGCUCUGUCCAUCAUCCUGCACCUCAUUUGCUUGUUGGAGAAGGUUCCUUGCACUGUGGAGCAGGACCACUUCAAGAAGGAGACCAUCUACAGGUUCCUCAAGCUGGAGCCCUGCGGCAAGAAUGGCUACAGCCCUCUGCACUUAGCAGUGGACCGGAAUACCACCUGCGUGGGCCGCUACCCCGUCUGCAAGUUCCCCUCCUUCCAGGUGACCUCCAUCCUGCUGGAGUGCGGCGCAGACGUGAACUGCCGCGACCAGGACAACAACAGCCCCCUGCAUGUGGCAGCCGCCAACAACCACCCAGACAUCAUGAACCUGCUGAUAUCCUCUGGGACGCACUUUGACAGCACCAACUCCUUCCAACAGACCGCCUGCGACCUGCUGGAUGAGAAGGAGAUGGCCAAGAACCUGAUCCAGCCCAUCAACCACACCACGCUACAGUGCCUGGCUGCCCGCGUCAUCGUCAAGCACAACCUCCCCUACCACGGUAACAUCCCUGUCAAGCUGGAGACCUUCAUUCUCCUGCACAGAUAAUGGUGGCCAACGACAUGCAAAGGCCCAGUCUGGCACGGUGUCCUGUUCCUGGCCCACCCCAGCGCUCCAGUGCGCUCUAACAAUUGUACCGAGGAUUCGAUUGAAACUUCUACAGAUUGUCACACCAAUCGAGGAUGGUAGACAGCACGUUGAAUGCAUGGGUAUUCUAUAACAUGGACGCACUCAGUAUUUCAUACAAACUUUUUUUUUCUUUUGCUUGAAAUGAGGACUUUUGCAUAUUUCAUGUUAUUUAUGAAGAUCUUGGUGAGAUGCUUCCCCAUUAUCUUCUGCUUUGUCACUAUUUCUAUGCAAGGGCAGUGGGAUGUGCGGAGCCGUUCUCCUGUUUUCUUAACUUGGAAAUCUGCGGCGAAGGCAAACAUUUAAUAUUUGCAUCUCACGUUUGAUAUCUGCAUCCUUGUAAAUGCUUAGUAUGUGCUCCUGAUGCUGGUUGUUAUCUGUUUUUGUUACAUGGAGCUGAGUGGAAGAACAACUAUUUUUUUUAACAUCAAAGCAUAGAUAAGCUUUAUGAAAUUAAUGUUUGCAAAUACCGUAAGUGCUUUAUUCCCGUUGCACAGGCUAUGAUAUGCAACUGUUCUGUGUUACUUGUCUGUGCAAUUUCUCUUUUUCUUGUGACAAUAGCCUGCUUCUUUGUGUCAACUUACGUUUCCUCAGCGCUUUUUCCUUAAUGUUUUACACUACACAAGGAGAACUGGGGUGACUAUGUACUGUUGUGGAUUCUCACAGUGGUUCAGGUAGGCUUGAUUCCGGUUGGCUGGAGGGAGUUGCUUUCGUGGCGGUAAAGCCUAGGUUGUCCCGAGUGCAUCGUGCAUGCAGUGUUCUUGUGCUACGUGAACCUGAUUGUCCUGAAGUAAGUUCUGAAAGAACCAAGACAAGCCAAAUAUCAGUCAGACUUUUUUAAUCAGGAUGUGCAUGUGGUUAUUCUUUUUAUCCUAGUCUCUUACUGUCAUCUUUACGCUUCUUUGCCAUAUCAUAUUAACGGGAAAAUGAACUUGGUCGGCUUGUUCUGACAAGUGGACAGGGGGUUUUAUUUAUUAUUUUUAGAAGUUGUCCUUGGGAUAUUGAGCUGGCCACAGAAUGCUCCAUGAACUGAUGGGCUGAGCUUUGUGACCCACCGCUCUUUGCACAUCCGCUUUGGUCUUGAGGCAUAAAGGGCUUUUUCAUUUUUUAGAAGAAACUUCCCCUAAUUACCUUACUGAUGUUUUGUCAGGUGACCGACUAUAAUCAAGCACUUUAUUACAGCGGAGUAUAAUAUUUCAUACAGCAUAAUGGCAUACAACCUGUUAACGUCUUAAGAGCAAAAUUGGAAAU